AUGGCGAUAAAGAAUCACACUUUGGUAACAGAAUUCAUCCUACUGGGCAUCCCACACACAGAGGGGCAGGAAACUGUGCUCUUUGUUGUUUUCCUGAUCUUCUACCUCUGCACUUUGCUGGGAAAUCUGCUCAUCCUUCUGGCUGUUAUGUCUGAUUCCCGCCUCCAUACUCCUAUGUAUUUCUUUCUUUGUAACCUCUCAGUGCUGGACAUUGGCUUCUCUUCCGUGAGCACCCCAAAGAUGUUGGUCAACCUGCUAGUGAGGAACCGAGUCAUUUCCCUGGGUGGCUGUAUGUCCCAGGUCUUUUUCUACCACUUUUUAGGCAGCACUGAGUGCCUGCUUUAUACAGUGAUGGCCUAUGACAGGUUUGCUGCCAUCUGCCACCCACUGCGUUAUACCAUAAUCAUGAACCGCCGAGUAUGUGCUGUAUUGGCUGCUGGCACCUGGUUUACUAGCUCUUUUCAUGCUACAAUUCUUACCACAUUGACUUUCCAACUGCCAUAUUGUGGAUCAAAUGAAGUGGACUAUUUCUUUUGUGACAUCUUCCCUGUAGUCAAAUUGGCCUGUGGGAACACCAUUAUCAUUGAGAUUGUGAGCUUCACCAAUAUUGGCCUUGUGCCCAUGACCUGCUUUCUCCUCAUCCUUGCCUCCUACAUCCGCAUUGUCAUUGCAAUCUUGAAGAUGCACUCUGCUGAAGGGAGACGCAAGGCAGCAUCUACCUGUGUUUCCCACCUUUCAGUGGUCACAUUGUUUUUUGGGCCCUGUGCCCUCAUCUAUACUCAGCCAUCCUUGAGUGAGGUGCUGGUAACCCCAGUGCAGAUCUUUGGCAAUGUAGUCACUCCCAUGCUGAACCCCACAAUAUACACUCUGAGGAACAAAGAUGUUAAGGGAGCCCUGAAGAGACUGGCUGGGGGUCAUUUUGUUUCAGAAGGAAGUCACUAG